AUGGCUCGUACCUUUUUAGAAAGUCUUCCAAGAGAGAUUCGCGAUCAAAUAUAUGGUUACGUUUUAUCGUCACAUUCAAGGAGUGUAUAUCUAUCCGAAAGUGUCAUCAAUGACCCCGAUUACCCUCAAGAAGAGUACUCAGCAGCGGGAAAGCCUCCAUAUAUCAUUCGAACUAAAUCCCACGGCGAAACCAUACGCCUUUCCUUUUUACGAACUUGUCGACAAAUCUAUCAUGAAGCUAAAGUUGUUUUCUGGGAGCAGAAUUCACUUAUCCUUGAUGGUAUCCUACCUCGAACAUAUAUCGAUCACCCCAUAUUAGGCAGACUACCGGGCUCGAUUGCCUCAAUGGCUACUUCUGUCGAACUCAAGAUAGAUAUAUUAGGUCGUUCAGCUUUCCGUAGGAAAUCUGAUUUGUGCGAGGAUAGUCCCUCUCUUGUUCCAUUCGAAUAUCAAUUGAAGGAUCUUGCACGAUGGCCAAAUUUAAAGAGAAUAAAGUUACAUAUGAGUCUUGGAGAAGACCCAUGGGGCAAUUAUGAUGGAUAUGGUCACAGUGGAUUCGCAAGAUUACUCUACUGGAGACUUAGAGGCGGAUCAAACGAUCAUUGGCAUAACUUAGUCCGAUCAAAUAUCAAAGCAUUAGAAGAAGCCGGUGGAAAAGAUGGUUAUUUAUCUCAUGUCAAGAAAGAAUUGGACAUCAACACAGGCUGCGCACUUCCAAAUGGCAAUGGCUUUCCUCAACGAAUGUUAAAGAUGAGUACUGGAUCUCCAGGUGAAGUUUUACAAGAAUUAAGUGAGGCAUGGUUUGGUAAUCUAUUUGUUGAUGGUAGAUUAUCCUUCCUCGAGGGUAAAGAGAAGGAAGAUAUGUUCGUUCAACAACCUGCACCACGUUUACCUAUGCUGGAUCAUUUCUUCUUCUUCAAAUAUGAUAUCGAUCGUUGGGUAGAUGGACAAUCAGGUGUAAGGUUAUGGGGAAAAGCAAAACAGAUUUGGCCAGCAGGAAAUGAGGGGAAACAAGCAAGAAGAGAUGCUUGGGAGGAUUCAGGAAGAAUGGGUUGUUCUUUUGAUGUUAUGAGGGAAAUUCAUUGGCCUUGGAAACAAAUGUCACCUCCAGACUUUGUUCCGUAG